AUGGCAUUGGGUCAUAACUCCCUCAUCCGCAGUUUUGAUGUUGACAAAAAGGGUUUCAUGAGUUGCUGUAUGGCGUGCGAUGACUGCGUCGAUUAG